AUGAGUGAUUCGGAAGAGUGGGGCGGGGAAAAUGAAGCAGAACUGAGCGGAGACGAUGCUUCGGAUUAUGAAGCACGCCCAGAUGAAGCUUCAGAGUCGUACGAGUCGGAGUCUGACUAUUCGGAAUCAGAACCAGGUCCUAGUAAGAAGCGCAAGAGGGAUCGCCCUCCGAAAAGCACAAAGAAGAAAGCUGUUGUCUUCGACAAUCCAGACAUUUCUAAUAUACCUUCUUCGGAAGUUAAAAAAAUUGAAGGCCUCCCAAUUCCUUUGUCGAUCUGGGAUAAGCUAAAAGACCACCAGAAGGACGGUGUCCGCUGGCUUUGGAAACGCGUUGGCCACGGUCAAGGGGCGAUUUUGGGCGAUGAAAUGGGUCUUGGCAAGACUGUUCAAGUUAUUGCGAUUCUAUCCGGCCUAUUUGCCGACAAAACGCUUCACAAUAUCCUGAUUAUUGUCCCUGCUACGCUUCAAAAGCAAUGGGUGCAAGAGUUUCAAAAGUGGAAUACAGCGAUCAAAGUCAAAAUAUUCAACUCUGGAAGAAUCAAACCCAAUCAUGUUUACAUAAGUUCAUAUGAAAAAGUCCGUUCUGAUGCAUCAGGGCUUUUGGACAUUGAUUGGAACAUGGUGAUUUGCGAUGAGGGCCACAGGCUUCGAAAUCCAAAAUGCAUGACAACUCGCAACAUCAAGCGAAUCAAUUCGACCAAGCGGAUCAUCCUAACAGGCUCGCCGAUCAUGAACUCGCUCACAGAACUCUGGUCCCUGGUCGACUUCGUCCAGCCUGGAUUGCUAGGAAAACUAGAGGUUUUCUCAGUAGAACUAGCGGUUCCUAUUCAGCAAGGGAGUUUGGCUGGUGCUAAUCAAAUGCAAAUCGUGACCGGGCUGAAAUGUGCCGAGGAGCUGAGAGCGAUUGUCAAGCCUCUAUUGCUUCGUCGAUUGAAAUCAGACAUCAACCUCGUCAAAGUAGAGAAAUCCGACAACGCGCUGUUCAUAAAGAUGACCGAGGAGCAAGAAGCAGUCUACAGAAGUUAUCUUGGGACUCAACGAGUCAAAGACGCUCUACUAGAGGGCGCUCACUGCUUUGGAAUUCUCGCAAAACUUCGGCAGCUGGUCUCGCAUCCCUAUUUUGUGGGAGAUGCUGAAACGGGGAAAAUUACCGAUGAACAAAUUUCUCGCUCUAUUAAAAACCCGACAGUUAGUGGAAAGAUGCAAGCAUUACUCUCGCUUCUGGGUGGCUGGAGAAAGCAAAAAAGAAAAGUGCUUGUUUUUUGCCAGUGCUUGCCUUCGCUAAAAAUGAUCGUUGGCAUGUGCAAUCGCAACAAUGUCCCAGUUCUGUCAAUCUCCGGCCAGACAGCUGUUGCCACCCGCCAAAUGCUCAUCAAUGAGUUCAACGAUUCGCCAGAAGCAUUUGCGAUGGUGCUGACUUCGCGUGUUGGAGGCGUCGGGCUAAACAUUCAUGGGGCGACUAGAACUGUAAUAUUUGAACCUGAUUGGAAUCCAGGACAGGACGAACAGGCUGCGGCUAGAAUCCAUCGCCCUCAACAAAAAGAAAAUGUCGCGAUCUACCGUCUAAUUACCACUGACAGCAUUGAAGAAUGGAUCUAUCAGCGUCAGAUCUACAAGCACAGCGUGGCCCAGCAUGUUUUAUCCGACAAGCACAACGAUCAGCGCUUAUUCGACAAAGCUUCCAUGGCAUGUUUGCUCUUUGGCAAGGGAGAUACGGCAGAAACGUUGAAAAUGAUCGGCGCGGAUAUCAAGAUUGACAAAAAGAAGAAAAAGACAGAGUUGGAGAAAGCAGCUGAAAAAGUUGCAGAAGCACAAGAAAGCUCGAUUUCAAAGAGCUUGAAAAAGGUCUACAAAAAGUUUCCUCAUCUCAAGCCGAAAAAGACAGAUACGAUUGACGGAGAGAAGAUAGAAGGGCUCCAGAGUUCGUCGAAAAUCGAUGUUGGCGAGAAGAAGGACUACGGGAAGACGGAGGAUUGGGUACUAGCGAGAUUGUUUAAGAAAGCAGGGUGCGUGAUGGACACAGCAGUCGAUCAAGCGGCGAUAAAACAGGGCACUGACUACAAAAGAAUCGACGAAGAAGCCCAAAAAGUAGCUAAAGCCGCGGUGGCCGCCCUUCACAAGAACCUUAGACAGCCGAAAGUCAAGUCGAUCAAAACGAAAGGAUCUUCCUCAUCCCUCCUUCAAAAGAUGCGCCAGCGAAGAACCGUGGAGGAAGAGGUAGAAGCGCCCAUAGCCUUGCCAGAUAAUGUUCUGAAGAAAUCAAAGCUGAAUCCAAACUACAAAUUGGCGAAUAAUCUUCGCAAUUACAUCGAAGAGUUUUGGCGAGGGCCCACGAGUGACGAUUUAAUCGCCAAGUUCGAUGGAAAUGUAAAGGACAAGGCAGUUUUCAAAGCUGUUCUGAAGCAGAUGGCGGUCUUGGAUCCGAAAACCAGGCGGUGGAAACUCAAGCCGCAAUACGAAUCUUAA